CUGUGGUAGCCGUGCAGAGUCUAGUGCAGUGGCUAGAUGGGCUGAACCCCCAACUGCUGACCUACACUGUAUCCAGCUCUCUUCACUGCCGCUUCUUGGCCUUCUCGAGUACUGCGGUAUAAUACCACCUCAGCUUGGUGCGGCAUCUGAGCGUGAUGGAAGGCGAUGAGAUUGAUUUCUCCGGCAUUGACGAGGACUUGGAACAGUUUCAGCAGGACGAUAUUGUCCGCCAAGCUCUAAGAGAUGGUGUCGAUUUGAGAGGGUAUGCAAGAGACAUUGACCUCGAACUUCGAGAGGUGGAGCACAAUAGCGUCGAAGGAUACAAAGCACAGAGCGCAGAAGUGCUGUCUUUGCACCAGCAGAUCCAAGGCUGUGAUGCCAUUCUGGCCCGUAUGCAGGAAAUGCUGCUGGGUUUCCAGGCGGAUCUCGGAGGAAUUAGCGACGAGAUCAAACAUUUGCAGGACGAGAGCAUAUCGAUGAACAUCAAACUCAAAAACUUGCGAUCUGCAGAGGAAGACCUGGGCAAGUUUCUGGGCAAUGUCGUUGUCACGUCGGAACUUGUUACUUCAAUAUGUGGAGAUGAAGUCAACGACGCUUAUUUGGAGUACGUCAUCGAGCUCAACAACAAGAUCAAGUACAUCGGGCAGACCCAGCCAGCAUCUGACGGUUCCAGCCUGGAAAUGCCCCCGUCAAGCACGAUGGCGGCGAAAGGAGUACAGCCCCACCUAGAGAACCUCAAAGCAAAGGCUUGUGCCAAGGCUCGCGACUAUCUCUUACAAAAGAUUGGCGAGCUGAGAAGGCCAAAGACCAACGUGCAAAUCAUCCAGAAGAACUCCCUGCUCAAGUACAAAUAUCUAAUGCAGUUCAUGUACGACAAUGUUCCUGAAGCAGCCGAAGAAAUUCGCGUCGUGUACAUCGAAAGCAUGGGACGCACGAUUUCGGCGUUGUUCAGGGCGUACCAUGCGCAACUCAUGAAGCUGGAGAUGGAGUUGGCCAAUCGACACGACCUCAUUGCUGUGGAGGAUGCAGCGGCCAGGAGCAUGUUCUCAGCCAAAGCAGACUCCAACAAACGUGGGGAUGGAUUCAACAUUGGAGAUCGAGACAGCAUCCUGGAUACCGUGGAGGCUGGACCCAUUCUCGUCCACGUGGCUUUGGCAGAAGGCCGCCAAUUCCCGUAUGAAGCCAUUAUGCGCUCUGUGUUCAAGCACCUCAUGGAUAGUGCUACAAGCGAAUACCUCUUCACAAUGGAGUUUUUCAAGGGGCAGUCUCACGACACGUUCAACAGGAUCUUCGCGAGGACGCUAUCCCUGUGCAUCGAGAAUCUCGAAAGCUACCUCUCCGGCUGCUGCGAUUGCAUCGGGCUUCUCCUCAUGAUCAAGAUCACCCACGCGCACUCGAUGGUUAUGCAGCGACGACGGGUCCCCGUUCUAGACAGCUUCUUUGACCGAGUCAAUAUGUUGCUGUGGCCGCGCUUCAAGACCAUCUUCGACAACAACCUCAAAAGCGUCAAGGCCGCGAACCCAAAGCGAAUGGGGGUGAUCGAGCGACAUCCGCACUACGUCACGCGGCGCUACGCCCAUUUCGCAGCUUCACUACUCGCAUUACAUAGUGGGCUAGAUGACCUUGCGGUUGGGAUCGGAGGCGAAGAGAUGCUUCUGAACGACUUGGGGACGUUGCGGGUGGAGGUUGUGCAGCUGGUCCAGCGGAUGGCGGAACAGCUCCCAUCCAACAAGCUACAGGUGGUUUUCCUCAUUAACAACUAUCACGAGGUUCUUCGCGUGUUCCAAGAGCGAAGGAUAAUUUCCGACGAAACCGCUAGGUUCGAGGAACUACUUGUUCGGCAAAGAGAUUUCUUUGUUGAGGAGGAGCUGAAAGAAAAGUACAAGAGACUUAUCUUGUUCGUUCAACAAACAGAAGCAGCCAUGAGCUCAGGGGAGACUGGUGCAGAGUUGGAUGAAGCCACCGUUGAAGGUCUUGUCCGGGAAUUCGCGGCGUCGUGGAAAAGCGGCAUCGAGGCAAUCAACCAGGAUGUAUUGUCUUUCUUCAGCAACUUCAGGAAUGGCAUGGAGAUUUUGAAGCAGGUGCUGACUCAGCUUCUUCUGUACUACACGAGGUUUCAAGAGAUAAUCCGGAAAGGCUGGCGGCGCCCGCCGGCAUUCAGUAAAGAUCUUGUUUCGACGUCAGCAAUACUGAAGGAAAUCAAGACGUAUUCCAGAUCUUACUGAAGAAUGUUUGUUGCUCGCAUGAGCUGACACGUUACAGCAAGAUAUCAUCAUUCGUUGACGCAGGUGCCGAUGUAAGACACGCCGCUCAACCUGCCAUUCUUUGUUGUGAGCAAUGUCUCCCAUAUGGAUACUACCGUUCUGAACGAAAGACUCCUGCGUGUGCAUGCCGCAUGAGAUGUGUGUAUGCGUGUUUUCGUCCUAUUUAUCAUGGCGACAGUCCCCCCAUUUUUUGUGGUGAGACGUGUACUACACUUUUCAGGUGUGUGUUGUUCGUACAACUACAACUAUCCAGGGUCACUUACGAGGGGAUAAUCACAAGGGCUUUUUUCUUUGCUUCCUGUUGAUUUACGUGCCCCACCUUCCUCCUUGGGUGAAUUUGUUGACUUGUGAAAAUUAUUUUUAUCGCGGGAGAGAUCCAGCUCAUCCCUUUCCCUCCCUCGUCAACGGUCGCUAACCUCGAAAGUUGGUACAAUACUCACGAGAGCUUGACUCACGUGAGGGUCAGAAGCUGUACUUGGUGUUCUCCCUGAAUUUGGUAAGAAAAUGCUUCGUCACGUGGGGAUUCGAACUCACGACCUGUGUACAACUAGCGGUGUCAGAGGAUACCAUUGGACCACCGGGGCGAUCGGAUGCGAACGUAUUUAUUCCCAUGUAGGCCGAUAAGGUACCAAUGAUACGUUCAUGUCUUCUGUUUCCAUGUUAUGGAGAUUUUUGUUUUCGCUGGAAAGUGUUGUGUCUCCAUCGUGCGGAACUUUCGACCCACAAUCUUCGUUGGCGCUGCCCCGUAACAUCUGCGCCACAAUCGGAAACAGUCAAAGGCCAUGCAGAUGCUUCCCAUGAUCCAACCCGCACCAUUUAUUUGCAAAAUACAUGUAGGACGACUGGGUUUUUAUUCAUGUCCCAAUAGCGGGGUGAGCGUAGUUUUUUACGUCCGCGGUUGGGUAAGUUUGCAUAGGUACAUGUUUGUGUCCGGAACAGUGCUUUGGCGGCGUUGUAGACCGAGCCUGCUGGGGGCUUGGGUCGUAGGAUCAGGAUCU